GCGCAUUUACGCUCAGUGCUGAGACCAAAUCCGCGCUCGCGCAUGAAAUCCACUUACAGUCCAGUAGUAGAGAGGGCCUGGUUGGUUCUCUGCUCCCUCAGUCAAACAAUCCGCUCGGUUAAAGCCUCGGACAAACGUUCAACAGUACUGAGAGCGACGGAGGUCCCUCGGUGAAAUACUCUGACAGAGCAGGAGCGGUUUGGAGAGGAAGAAUGGAAGAUUCGAGCAGCACCGCAGUGGUCGCGGCCGAAGGCUCCGACAGCGAGGCUGCUGCUGCUGCUGCCGCCGCCGCCGCUGCUGCUGCUGCUGCGGCUGCCGAGGCCGAGGCCGGGGCUGCUGUCGCCGCUGAGGCUGCCGCCGCCGAGGUUGCUGCCGCCGCCGCCGCCGAGGCCGCCGAGGCUGCCGCCGCAGCUGAGUUGGCCGCCGCCGCCGAGGCUGCUGCUGUUGCCGAGGCUGCCGCCGCCGAGGCUGCCGCUGCCGCCGCCGCCGAGGCUGCUGCUGCCACUCUUGCGUAUGAUGUAGCGCCUGUAGCUGCGGGACCCAGGCCUGGGGCCGAGUCCGUGAAGGGCCAGAUUUUUGACGUGGCCCCCCGCUACACGAACCUGUCUUACAUCGGGGAGGGGGCUUACGGAAUGGUGUGCUCUGCCAUGGACAACAUGACAAAUCAGCGGGUUGCCAUCAAGAAAAUCAGCCCCUUUGAGCACCAGACGUACUGCCAGCGUACACUGAGGGAAAUCAAGAUCCUGCUGCGUUUCCGCCAUGAGAAUAUCAUCGGCAUCAACGACAUUAUCAGGGCACGGCACAUUGAACACAUGAGGGAUGUCUACAUCGUGCAGACUCUGAUGGAGACGGACCUGUACAAGCUGCUGAAGAGCCAGAGGCUGAGCAACGACCACGUCUGCUACUUUCUCUACCAGAUCCUGCGAGGUCUCAAGUACAUUCACUCAGCUAACGUGUUGCAUCGCGACCUCAAACCCUCCAACCUGCUCAUCAACACCACCUGUGACCUCAAGAUCUGUGACUUUGGCCUGGCACGGAUAGCCGACCCUGAGCACGACCACACAGGUUUCUUGACCGAGUAUGUGGCUACGCGUUGGUACAGGGCUCCAGAAAUCAUGCUCAACUCAAAGGGCUACUCUAAGUCCAUUGACAUCUGGUCAGUGGGCUGCAUCCUGGCUGAGAUGUUGUCCAACAAGCCUAUCUUUCCCGGGAAACACUACUUGGACCAGCUCAACCACAUACUGGGCAUUCUUGGCUCUCCAUCUCAAGAAGAUCUGAACUGCAUCAUCAACAUGAAGGCAAGGAACUACCUGCAGUCCCUGCCUGAAAAACCCAGGAUCCCCUGGGAAAAGCUCUUCUACAAGGCGGACUCGAAAGCUCUGGACCUGCUGGGCCGCAUGUUGACCUUUAACCCCUACAAGCGCAUCAGCGUUGAGGAUGCCCUGGCUCAUCCUUACUUGGAGCAGUACUACGAUCCAUCAGAUGAGCCGGUAGCAGAGGAGCCCUUCACUUUCACCAUGGAGCUGGAUGACCUUCCUAAGGAGAGACUGAAGGAACUGAUCUUUGAGGAAACGGCUCGUUUCCAGGACACUUACCAGGGCUCCUGAGACACACAGCGCUAUAGAGUGACAAAGCCAUGCAGAGGCUCGGAAUAAGAAGACUCCAAACGACAUGCUAAAACAAAAAAAAGAAAAAAGAAUCUUCAAGAAACCAACAAAAAGAGAAAAACGACAAAUAUGAACAUUUAACUGCUUAUCUUUCCAUUUCUACUGCAAGAGAGAGCUAAGUUUAACUUUGAUUUCUGUGGUUGGGUGGGGUGGUAGGGUCUCUACUCAUACUGUUUCAGUUCUGUCCAUGUUGGACUCUCCCUCCUCUCAUCUCACACCUGUUUUCCAGUCGAAAUGUCCCACCUCACCCUGUCCCAAUCGGCAGUUACUCGCUGUCCCUGUCCUCAUCCCUCUCCUCCGUUCAUCUCUCCUGCAUUUGUCGCUGAUCUGUCUGUCCUCUCUGUCGCUCCCUCUCAUAUAAACACAUACUACUGUAUUAACCAACACCAUAACUCUCUUGUCUUGCUCCAUGUAAAUUACAACCUGGAAAAAAUCGAGGGCUAAAAGAAUGGGGAUGCUCAUCGGGUGUGUGUAUGUAUAUACAAAAAUAUAAAAGCUUUUUUUUUUUUCAUUUUUCAGUGUGCUUGUCGCAGUUUUCGUUUGUAUACCGUUGUUUGAGUGUUUUCGGAUCAGUUCAGCGUCAUAUUUGUAUGUUUUGGGGUUUAUAUUUGCUAGUCAUUUUUGAACACUUGAUUUUGAGUCAAACAUUCAGUGUUUUUACUGGCAUGUUGGCAGGUUUAUAAAUUUCUCUGUCGUUCUUUUUUCUUUCUUUUUCUUUCUUUUUUUUAUGGAAAAAAAAACUGUGUAUGAUGUUCAUAUGAAUGCAUGCAUUCCUGAAAUUUACCAAAGUGGCAGAGAGAUGUGAGGAACUUGGCUGGGGAGCAAUUAAGGAAUAUUAGUUUUUAUUUUAACUAUGUUUCUUGACCUACAACUUGCAUCUAGGGCAGACAAACUCAACUGAACCUAACAGUUAUAAUCAGGAGGCGCUAUGUGUUCGUAACAAAUCAGAUCAACGCAAAGAGCGUGAAAUAGUUUCUACUAUUGCUUGUUCAUUCAGAUAUUACAGCUGUGAUGUCGAAGCCCCAUUUUCCAGAAUAUCCAUGGUGCUCUGUCAAAACAAUUGUCAAAACAGUUUUUUUUCCUUUCUGUAGUUCUCCGCAGCAGGAACUAAAUAAGCACCGUAUUGUAAGAAUCAAAGAUUUUGAACACCAACACUGGAAUGAUCAGAAACCUACUGCUGCUGGUAGUUCUGUAGUGACUUUUGUUUUUUUUUUUUGUUUUUUUAACAAAAUGCAGAAAUGCUACCAGAACACUGAUGUAAGACACUGGUAUAACAUUACUGUAUUGUCCACAUUUGGCCCUUUUCCCAUCAAAUAGCUGAUCCAGCGUCAGUAUUACAUUCCUAUAUUAACUUACAUUCCUAUAGCAGCUGACUGGAAAACCACUCGCGUCAUAACACCACUGAAGCCCCCUGUCGUUCCUCAGCUCCUCUCGAGUAUUAAUCUUCACUGUAUCCUCCAAUUCCAAAAACAUUUUAGGGAACACCGUCUAUUCUGGAAAAUGGGGGGAGUCUGGUUUGACAUCAGCCUUUUCUGUUGCUCAGUGCUGUUUUUUGGUCUGUGUUCUUGUCUGCUGCCGUUUGAUCCAGGACAACCAGAAGUGUGUGCGUGUGUGUGUGUGUGUGUGCGUGCAUGCAGGGACCUAACUGACAGUGAAGGCCCAAAUCUGAACAACUUGAUAUCCGUUAAUUCAUGUGGUCAUACUUGAAUGCACAAUUUUCAGCAAGCGUUACGUUCACUUCGCCCUGUAGACUUCUUUUUUUCACAACAGACGUUUUGACUUGUCAUAGCAGGAAAAACACUGGUGGAAAAAAAAGUUAACUAUUAGUCCACUGUCAUAGUGUCCCAGUAAAUCACACCAGUGACCCAUCACACACACACACACACACACACACACACGGUAGCAGGGCCUUGAAAUUCUGUCAUGUGAAUGGAAUGCCCCCACAUUAAUGCUAGUAGUAACACCUGUACCUUUCCUGCUGUGACACGCCAAAACGUCUGCUGUGGGGGGAAAAGUGUCGAAUGUAAUUGGCCUGAAUUUGUUUGUCACUGCAGUUUAACUUUCUUCAGUUGUGAGCUUUUACAAGAACGGCACCUUCUCUAGGAGUUCUGAGGAAACUGUGCACCUCACUGAUUAAUCAGGAAGAAAACAGCCAAGCCCAGGAAUUUCCCAGACGAGUUGUUGUACGGUUAAUUCCUGCUCAGUGCACAGCCAAGAAACCAGCAUCACUUCAUGGUAGUUCAUUGUAUAUCUCAGUUUGUCCCUCUCUGCCCAGUUUUCUUUUUUGCACUCCUGUUCCCUCCUACCUUUGCCUGUGUGUGUGUGUGUGUCUCUUCCCAUUUUCCACCUGUUAACAGACCAGAUGUGUAUUCUUUAAUGUGGGUGAUAUAGUGUUUCUCUUUUGUGUACUGUUACUUCUGUGUGUUCAUUGUUCUCGUCAGUUGUCAGGGGUCUGCUCCCGUCCUCUCUGUGACCGUACUAAUUGCUGCUUGGUGGAGCUCCACUCGUGGGUCCCACUCAGUCACCAGCUCAGUCUGCACUAAAUUUUGCUUGUUGCACUGGGACCAGUAAGAGACCCCCGCCCUCUAAUGCCAAGGCCUGUGAUGCUAAUAGACUGAGAUCUGGAGCGCUCACUGGCCCCGCCCUCUACCUGCAAAAUCACCAGUUUUGUUCGACAUCACAUAGUCCGUUCUCUCAGAAGCCAUAGCCAGCACUCUGGGAUUGGUGUGAGGCUUUUUGGUGCAUGUGGUGAUGUGUGUUGUUCUGUUCAAUCCCCCCAACUCACCACGCUUUACUCAAAGGGCUGCCUCCUCUUCCUCUCCUCCCCUUGUGUGUUUACGUACUCACCCUUUUCUGCUUAUCUACUGUGGGAUUGGAGAAGACCUUCUAAUCCAGGUCGCUGUCCUCCCCCUCAACCCCUGUCUCACCUGACUCAUAGAUCACGGACGGUUGUACAAGCAGGAAAACUUGCUUGGAUCACACGACUCAAUCAGCACGCCGGCACUUUUGUCUUUCCAGCCACACUCUGUCCCCUUCCAGGCUGUCGUUGUUUUGGUUGGUCUUUUUCCCUCCCUGUCUCUUUUCCAGCUCGUCCAACUUUAAGUUUCACCUGCUGCAUGUCUUAAGGCUCAUGGACUGUGUGCAGUAAUUUAUGUCUGUGUAAAAGUGUUUGUGUAUCUACUCAUCAGUAACAUAAAGCCAAGACUGUUUUUGUC